UUGAUUAAGCUUUGUAUUCAGUUCUGUCUUCGCCAUGGGAUUAUGUUGCUGCACAGGCAUGAGAGUGGGCUCUGUUGGAGGUGGGAUGAAGAAAGAGGACCUUCUUUGGCUUUCUGCUCAUACUAAUUACUCAGAAAAAGAGAUCUAUCAACUCUACAAAGGGUUCCAACAAGAUUUUCCGGGUGGUGGGAUUUUCAGGCGCCAAUUCGAGCGUUUCUUCAUGGGCACUAACGAUCUUCAGAACCAACGAGGAAAGAAAAUGUCCAAUUUGGUCUUCAAAACAUUGGACACAGACAACAAUGGAUACCUGGAUUUUCGGGAGUUUUUAUUGGGCGUGGAUUUGGUGGGUGCUCGCACACCCGAGGAGAAACUCAUAUGGGCGUUCAAAAUGUACGAUAUCGACAACAGUGGGAUCAUCGACCGAUCAGAGAUGGAAAAUGUCAUGAAAUCCAUCUACAGUAUGCUAGCCGCCGUAUCAGAAGCGCCUCCGGACGAUCCGAAGAAGAGAGCCAACGCAAUCUUUAGUGAGAUUGACAUUAACGACGAUGGAGGGUUAUCCCAAGAGGAGUUUCUCAAGGGAUGUCUCAAGGACGAUGAGCUCAUGAAGCUUUUGGAGCAAUUGUUCAAUGUACUCACAACAACCAUGGAAUAAGACCUUGAGUUACACGACAUCAAUUGCUGGACAAUAUGAUAAACAUAGUAAUUAGUACAUAAAAGCCAGCCGAAAUUCUUAAAAUAUACAAUUCGGAGAAAACUUGAUAAGUACACUCCAUUACGUGACAUAGCUACUUAUUGAAAUAUUAUGUUUAUUUAGGUUAUGUGAUUUCUCUUGGAGUGAAAGUCAUUUAAAUAAAGACCGAAGAGAAUGUCUUUUCGUGGCCAAGGGAUACAAUGACUAAUUGACUAUUCUUCAGACAAAAUUCUCAAG